GUUUGGCUUAAUCAAGAAUCGGUUACUUGGUUCCAAUUCACUCGCUAUGAUAAGUUUAUAGGUUCUGAAAUAUGUAAAUUAUUUAACUAAAAAAUAUUCAUAACAUAAAAUAUCAUUAAAUUAAAUAAAUAAGUAGUUUUAUAUUAUUUAGUGUUUUAAAAUGGAUACAGAAGAAGAUCCUGUUGAAGAACUUUUAAAAAAUACUCCAGUGUGGGGCAAAUAUCAACUUUUGGCGUAUGUGUCAUUAGCAUUUGUUUGUAGUUUUUCUGUCUUUCCGUUGAGUUAUAUAUUUACUGCAAGGGAUGUAAAGUAUAGGUGUCUGAUAGAAGGAUGCGAAAGUGAGAACACUUCUGAAUCCCUUUACAAUCCCAAGUGGUUGAAGGAUUUCGUUCCUUUCGAAGGGGAUUCUCCAGACAGUUGUCACCGUUAUGCACUGAUGAAUAACAACAACUCCUGUUCCAAACGAGACGUACUCAAAAACGACACAACAAGAUGUAAGAAAUUUAUAUACCAAACGCAGGAUUUCACUAUUUUGCACGAUUUUGGACUCCACUGUAAUGAAAAUGUUUGGAUGUUAACCAUGGUAGGAACGACGAAUAUGAUUGGUGAACUGGUUUGUUUGUCAUAUUCUGGAUUUUUCUCAGACAGAUAUGGAAGAAAGACAGCAAUGCUCAUAAAUAUAAUUCUGUGUUGUUUCGUUGGAAUUAUAAAGUCAUUUUCAGUCUCUUACAUAAUGUAUCUCUUGCUGGAAUUUUUGGAUCCGGCGCUUGGAGCGGGAAUGUACAACAGUGCAUUUAUCUUAGCAAUGGAAUUUGUUGCACCAAAAAACAGGAACAUAACAAACAUCAUAAUUUGUUGUUUGUUUUCGUUGGGAGAAAUGUGUGUAGGAUUGGCAGCUUGGUUGACCCCUUCAUGGAGAAUUAUGUUACGAGUACUAUACUUUCCAGGGUUAAUAUCAUUAACAUUUUACUGGACAAUACCAGAAUCUCUAAGAUGGUUGUUAUCGAAAAAGAAAGAAGACGAAGUGCAAAAAAUCGUAACACGUUUCACGGGCCAAAAAGAAAACCAACUCUUAUCCAAAUACCUCCAAACGAUCAACCGGAAAUCGUUCGGUCAAUCCCCAACUCCAACCGCAAGCGAAACAUUUUCUGAUGCCGUGAAAUCGAAAAUUUUGUUUCUGAGAUUAAUCCAUUGCUCGUUUACAUGGAUCAGCUGUACAUUUCUCUAUUACGGCCUCACCAUGCAUUCAGUCAGCAUAUCGGAAAAUAUUUAUCUCAGCUUUAUUUUUUCGACUGCCGUCGAAAUACCCGCCUAUAUUAUUUAUUACUAUGGAAAUGAAAAAAUCGGACGAAGAUUGAUGAUUUUCCUUAGUUUCAUAGCGACCGGAGCUUCUUGUCUGGCAGUUGGAUUCAUCCAGAAAGACUCACAAACACUCCGGUUGUGCAUAUUCCUCGUAGGAAAAUGUUGUUCAACAAUUAGCUAUACGAUCAUCUAUGUGUUUACAACUGAAAUGUUUCCGACUUGCUCCAGGCAUGCCAUGUUCUCAGUUUGUGCCAUGAUGGGAAGGAUGGGGGCCAUGGUGGCCCCCCAAUUACCGUUAUUGUCGAGGAUAUCCGAAAUUCUCCCUCUAAUAAUGUUCGCUAUCAUCGCCUGCACCUCUGGAACAUUGGCAUUGUUGUUUCCAGAGACCCUCAACACAAAGCUGCCAGAUACUAUCCAGGAAGCAAUCAAUAUCGGCAAAAAGAGGAACCGAACGACAGGUAGCCAAGGGGAUCGGGAUGGACAGUAAAUGGGCAUGAUCGUUUUCGGGGGAGGAUUAGAAGGCUUGCCUUCUGAUGUUGACGGAUUGGACCAACGGAAAUAAUCUUAUAAUGGAAAAUUUAGGAAAGAGGAUUACGGGAGUGAUUGUUUUGAUUUCAAAACCAAUUUUGUUUUAUACAGAGAAUUUUGUUAGUUUCAAUA